AUGUCUUCCCAAGACAUUGUUGAUGCAACCACCAUCAUUAUCAUUGCAGGGCGCGAGGACAAACUCAACAUCAUUGGCAUCUAUGCCAGCAAUCCAGUGUAUCAUGGCAAGUGCUUCUACCAUUAUUCGGGCAUAUUGAUGAAAAUCGUCAGCUGCAAUCGCCAGCUCCUCGAGUUGGCUUCAUGUAACGGGUAG